AUGGCACAAACACACACGCCUGCUGCAUCCGGCACGACCACCCCUUCGUUUCAAGAUAUAGUUCGCGAUGCCAUGAAACAUUAUAAACACGAAAGGGAGUCAGAAGCCCAUCAAAUUUUCCGCAAUGCCGGAGGGCACAAGCCAAAGGGGAUGCCCCAGCUUGUUGACCCCGAUGAAGAGACCGUUCCGGGCAUUGAACACCCUGGUAGCACUGGGGUGAUUUAUUGCUCCGAUAGGGCUAUGGCCAACGGAUUUAGCUACACCAGCUCUCACGAAUGGGCAAAUUUGGGACAGGGUGCCCCGGAGGUAGGCCCAAUCCCCGAUGCUCCAGAGAGGCCAAACUCCAUUCCACUUCCUGUUGACUGCCUCGAAUAUGCACCGACUACGGGCGUUAAAGCUCUUCGUGAAGCCGUUGCCAAUCUGUACAAUCACACAUAUCGUCAAGAUAAAGUAAGCCAAUAUACAUUUGAAAAUGUAUGCAUUGUGCCUGGUGGACGCUCUGGCCUAUCCAGACUUGCAGCUGUCAUUGGCGACGUCUACACUAGCUAUCAAGUUCCUGACUACACCGCUUACGACCAAGUGCUAAGCUCUUUUAAAAGGCUAGUACCCAUACCCACGACGUGCGUAGCAUAUAUGGACAAAUACCGCCUUGAUAUAGAGCAAACAAAGAGGGACAUUCGUACACAAGGACUGGCCGUUGUCCUUGCAUCUAACCCCCGUAAUCCUACCGGACAGGUCAUCAAGGGAAAUGAUCUCAAGGAACUGGUUUCUUUGAGCAAAGAAGGGACUACGAUUAUCUUGGACGAGUUUUAUUCAUGGUAUAUAUACCCCGAAAGCCAUAGCGAUUAUGGCAAAUCCAUCUCGUCCGCCAAAUACAUCGAUGAUGUCAACGAAGACUCUGUCGUAAUCAUCGAUGGUCUUACAAAGAAUUGGCGCCUUCCGGGCUGGCGCGUCUGUUGGGUCAUAGGACCUAAAAAUCUAAUCACUGCACUCUCCCAGUCGGGUUCGUUCUUGGAUGGGGGUGCAAAUCAUCCAUUGCAAUUGGCCGCAAUACCUCUGCUGGACCCUUUGCACGUUCAACAAGAGAAGAUUGCCCUUCAGAAGCACUUCAAGUCUAAACGAGAUCAUGUUUUACAACGUCUUAAGGAACUUCAUCUCGAGGUCGACAUACCCCCAACGAGCACCUUUUAUAUCUGGCUCAAUCUCGAAAAGCUGCCCCCUCCACUUAACAAUGGAUUGACAUUCUUCGAAGAACUGCUAAAGGAGCAAACGAUUGUCAUCCCUGGUAUCUUCUUUGACAUAAAUCCUGCACAUCGUAGAAACCUAUUCAAUUCUCCUUGUCAUCAUUAUGUCCGACUUUCCUUUGGUCCUCCUCUCAGAGACCUUGACAAAGGGCUCGAUGCCAUUGGUCGCGUACUCAAGAAGGCGAAAAAGAGCGGCAUGGGCGACUUCGGACAGGGGUAUAAGACCGCCAUUGAGAUGCCCAAAGAGCCAGCACAGGUUUGA